AUGUUUCGUCUUGUCUCCUCCCUCGCUGUCUGCACGCUUGCAAUCUGUUUGGCUUCUGCUGCUUCUUCUAGCAGCGAAACGUGGAUCGAACAAUUUAGGAGCAAGAUCAACGUCUUGCCGAAGCCGAGUGGUAACUGCUUCGUGUGUUUCUAUGAGCAGACAAACUUCACCGGACAAAAAUUUUGCGUCGGCAGAAGUGCGAGGGGCCGCACAGAGGUGAACCCGAUUUUGGCACCGCUUACGAUCGCGAGUAUCAAGUUUGAAAAGGACUGCAAUCUCGUAGUAAACGUGCGUGUGACGGACGUGCCCUUCGACGAGUAUGUCGCGGUCUUUUCAAAGGACGUAGCGAAUGCAAACUACAACUUCACUACAUCUGAGCACUCCAUUCAAGAAAUUUACGUCGAAGAGGCUGGACGUGCGUGUUUCCUUGGAGUCCCUAAGUCUGGAAAAGGAUACGGUGUCUGCUACUCCGAUGCUGUGCCAGUUGUAGAGGACGAGUAUCGAAACUCGAUCACAGAGUUAAUGCUAUUCAAAACUGACACGAAGACCUGCGACGUGAUUGUCUACGAGAACGAUUACUACAACAAUCCCCACAACAGUCUCUUGCAGAGUGUUGUAAACCUUCUUGGACUGGAACAGCGUUUCUCUGGCUACAGCAACAUGUUGAAGACUAACGAGAUCGACCCUAUCUCUGGGAUGAAUAAGACCAUGCAGAACAAGGUCCGCUCUUUCAAGUUUGUUUCCACACUUAUACACUGA